AUGAGAGCUCCACCGCGCCUCAGCCACGCGGACGAAGCGGGAAAAAGAAGAGGAGGGCAACAGCCGCGACGUCCGCUGUUCGCAGCUCGCCGAUCGAGAAGAGGGCCAAGCAAGAUUUCGCCCCUGACGCCGACGGUUUUGUCCCGGCCCGGCGAACUGCAAGACGCAUGCAGUCAUCGACGACGCUUCCAACUCCCGUCUGCCGUCGCCAACUCGUUCGACGCGCUCGCUGACGCGCCGGAACAGCUGCCGCGCUAUCCUGCGCCAAAGAAAGACUCCCAUCUUCCGCCGGUGGUCCUCCAGUUUCGGCCGCCCUAUGGGGAACUGCAGAAGUCGUUGCGCAGCUGGACAACGGCCGUGUACACCGUAAGCCUGCCGGGCGUGACCUGGGCGCCCUCCGCCGUCCCGACUGCGUCGGCUGCUCCUGCUCCCGCCGCAUCCGAGGCCGUGCCAACACCUGAGGCUCCUGCGCCUCCACCACAGCUGCUAGUAACGGAACCGGGUACUGCCUCUCCCGAGGCGUCGGCCGGACCGCGCCCCGCCAACCGCCGGCUCGGGGGUCACCGCCCCGUGGGUACCCAGCGCUCGGCACCGUCAGUCGAGCAGCUCCAGGUGGACUCACGCAGCGAAGCAGCCACGCCUCCCCCAUCCAACGACGGGGCCGCGCCGGCUGCCUCCACCGCUGACCUGGCCAUCCUCGUCGCGCAGCUCACUGCCCUGGUGACCAGUGCCAUGAAGUUGAUCGAAGUCCUGUCGCAGCAACUCACCGCUGCAGUACCGAUGGCCGCUCCGGUACCGACCGCUGUCAACACUCACCAGCUGCACCGUGGGCAGCGUUAG